UACCUUUGUCUGGAUCUAAUUCCAAUUUCCAAGUGGCUAGUUCUUAGUUCUUACUGCGGGGUCAAAUAAUACAUUGAACUCAUACAAAUUCCAAUCAAUAUUCGUUCCAUCUUACCACCAAUCAUGAAAUUCAAAUUAUCCGCGCAAAACAGAACAUCGAAAUUCCAUAUAAACCACCCAAACUUACAGUUUACCCAUCCAUCUUCUCCUUCCUCUGUCCUUCUCUCUCCAAAUUUACUUCAGUUCAUUUAACAUAGCUCUACAGAAAUGGAAAAACCGGUGGAGGAAAAGGAAGUAGAAUCGCCGGCCAUAGGAAUCGAUCUCGGGACAACUUACUCUUGCGUCGCGGUUUGGCAGCAUGACCGUGUUGAGAUUAUCACCAACGACCAGGGUAACAGAACGACGCCGUCUUGGGUUGCAUUUACUCCGACUCAACGCCUUAUCGGAGAAGCGGCAAAAAAUCAAGUCGCCGUUAACCCCACCAACACCAUCUUCGAUGCAAAGAGGCUUAUAGGCAGGAGAUUCAGCGAUGAAACAGUGCAAAAUGACAUUAAGCUUUGGCCAUUUAAGGUUAUUUCCCCCCCUGAUUCUGAUAAAGAUAAGGAACCAAAGAUAGUGGUCACCUACAAGGAUGAAGAGAAGCAAUUUGCUCCAGAGGAGAUAUCUUCAAUGGUCCUGGUGAAGAUGAAAGAGAUAGCCGAGGCCUAUCUUGGCUCAACUGUGAAGAAUGCUGUUGUCACAGUUCCUGCCUACUUCAAUGAUUCCCAACGUCAGGCUACAAAAGAUGCUGGUGUCAUUGCUGGACUUAAUGUCCUGCGUAUUAUCAAUGAGCCAACUGCUGCUGCUAUUGCAUAUGGUCUUGACAAGAAGGUUAAUCAGAGUGACACCUGCAAAAAGCAUAUAUUGGUUUUUGAUCUUGGUGGUGGGACAUUUGACGUCUCUUUGGUAUGUGUAGAAAAGGGUGUCUUUGAAGUUAAAGCAAUAAGUGGUGACACACACCUUGGUGGUGGAGACUUUGACAACAAUAUGGUGAAAUAUUUUGUGGAGGAGUUUAAGAAGAAGCACAAUGUAGACAUCAUUGACAACCCAAGAGCUCUUGGUAGGUUGAGAGCCGCUGCUGAGAGAGCCAAAAGAACACUUUCAUCUGCUCAUGAAACUACUGUUGACAUUGAUUGCCUCUUUGAAGGUUUUGAUUUUACAUCAACUAUUACUCGUGCUAGAUUUGAGAAGUUGAACAUGGAUUUAUUCAAGAAAUGUAUUGAUCCUGUUGACCAGUGCUUAAAGGAUGCAAAUAUGAAAAUAGGUGAUGUUCAUGAUGUCGUCCUUGUUGGUGGUUCAACUCGGAUACCUAAAAUCCAGCAGCUAUUGCAAGACUUUUUUGAAGGUAAGGAACUUUGUAGAAGCAUUAAUCCAGAUGAAGCAGUUGCCUACGGGGCUGCUGUACAUGCUGCUAUGUUGACUGGUGUAAGCACUAAUACAGAUAUUGUACUGAUUGAUGUUGCUCCUUUAUCUCUUGGUAUCAAAGUUAGCACUGGUGCAAUGUCAGUCCUUGUUCCUCGUAAUACUACCAUUCCGACAAGGAAGAAUAAUAUAUUUUCUACAGCUGACGACAACCAACCCGGUAUUUUAGUUCAAGUGUAUGAGGGUGAGAGGCUCAUAGCAAAAGAAAACAAUUUGCUUGGUAAGUUUGAGCUCUCUGACAUUCCUCCUGCACCUGCUGGUGUUCCGCAGUUGGAUGUCUGGUUUGAGAUUGACGCCGAUGGGAUACUUACAGUAUCAGCUGAAGACAUGAAAACUGGAAACAAGAACCAGAUCACCAUUACUAAUCAGAGUAGGUUGUCGAAGGAGGACGUUGAUAGAUUAUUGAAAGAAGCUGAAGAGUACAGAGCUGAGGAUCAGAAAUACUUGAGGAAGGUAAAGGCUAAGAAUGAUUUGGAGAAUUAUGCUAACAGUAUGUGGGAGAUAUCAAGAGACUAUGCAAACAAGAUUGGAGUUGAGGAUAAGAUGAGGAUGGAAAACGCAAUUCUGAAGACAAUUAGGUGGCUAGAUUGGAAUUUCCAGCUUGCUGAAGCUUCGAAGUUUCAGGAAAAGUUGAAUGAGCUACGAGCCAUUUGUGAGCCUAUUAUUCAUCAAGCAUCUAAGCCUGAAGUUAAGCCUGUGAGAGCUCCGUUAAGAAAGCAAUUGGGAGGAUGGACUAGUAUGUUUAGGUUUAUGAACUUUUUUGGUUUCGGUACAGAUGAAGGUGCUUGAGCGUGUUUCGUAAGCUAUAUUGUUAGAUGAAGGUGCUUCAAUGUCUUGCUUGAAAUAGAAACGUUAGCAGAGGGAAUAUGAGAUGCUGAAUUCUGAAUUUUUGUGAUUUCAUGAUGUUUCUUCACCAGUUGCAAACUAUUACUCCCUCCGUCUCUUUUUGUUUUUUACUAUUCCAUUUUGGGUGUUUCAUUUUGUUCUUUACAUUUCCUUUUAUAUUGUCACAUAAUGCAUUAAUAUUCUAUCAAAA